AUGUCCCAGGAGACUUUAACGUCUCUGAUUGUGCAGAGAGAGCAAGGCUUCUGUGGAAGCAGCCCUAUUUCUAUGGGGGACGCAGUGGAGGACAAGAAGGGGAAGGAAAGCACUGAGCUCAGCCUGCUGCAAAAGGUAGAUGGUAUCCUGUGUUUGGCCGACAUCUUGACUGAUGACAGCCACUCAGAGGCCACUCGAGCUGAGGCUGCGGCUGUGGUGGCCCAGGUUACCUCUCCACAUCUGUCCUUCACCCAGCAUCUCCCUAGCUUCCUGGAGAACAUGGAGGAGAUUGUGACAGCCCUCAUCAAACUGUGCCAAGAGGCCUCUUCAGGGGAAGUCUUCUUGCUGGCCUCUGCGGCCCUUGCCAACAUCACCUUCUUUGACAAAAUGGCCUGUGAGGUGCUUCUGCAGUUGAAUGCCAUCCGUGUCCUCCUGGAAGCCUGCAAUGACAAGCAGAGAGUGGACACACCUUAUACUCGGGACCAGAUUGUGACCAUCUUGGCAAACAUGUCUGUGCUGGAGCAGUGUGCCUCUGACAUCAUCCAGGAGAAUGGUGUCCAGUUCAUCAUGGGCAUGCUGUCUGAGAAGCCACGGUCUGGGACGCCGGCUGAAGUGGCUGCUUGUGAAAGGGGACAGCAGAAAGCUGCGGGGACUCUGGCCCGCCUCUGCCGAGACCCACAUGUGGCCCAGGAGGCCGUGCGGCUCAGCUGUAUGUCUCGCCUUAUUGAGCUCUGCAGAUCCCCAUCUGAGAGGAACAGCAGCGACGCUGUGCUUGUGGCCUGCCUGGCUGCUCUGCGCCGGUUGGCCGGGGUCUGUCCCGAAGGCCUCCAGGACUCUGACUUCCAGCAGCUGGUCCAGCCGCGGCUUGUGGAUUCCUUCUUGCUGUGUAGCAACAUGGAGGAGAGUUUUGUGUAGUGAGUGAGAAAGAGGAGGCACACUGUGCACACAUCUCAGAACAAGGCUAACUCCCCUCACCACCUUAUUUAUAAGUAAUUUAUUUUUUUUUACAUGAAAUAGAAAGGGAAAUCUUCAUCAGUGAGCAGAUGAGGUGGUUCUCAGGAAUCAUUUUGCAUUUUGUUUUACUUCCUGUGGCCGUGUGGGUGCAGAAGUUGAAUCGUGUCAAUGCUAACAUGACAGGUUGUCACAGGUGAUUCCCCUUCAUAACACUUUCUUUCUUCUAAGCACAUAUUCUUGCCCAUUAAAAAAGAAAAAGAAAAAACAACAACUUUGAACCAGGGUAUUUUAACUGCCCAGCAUUUUUUAAAAGUUAGUU